UGCGAUCCUUCUUUAACUAUUUCAGUGCGUUCAUUCUCGAUUUCCUCUGGUUAUUACAGUUAUUAUUCUCAUUGAUGGACCUUAGGCUGGUGAGUCAUCAUGGCAUAAUAGGUCGGAUCGAAAUCAAAGGCAUUAUUCUGGAGGCAGCAGUAGCAUGUGCAUUAGAGCUAUAAUAAGCGGUAAUUUUCUUCUCAACAAAGCUGACGCAUUUCCCACUGUAUGAGAGGAAAGGCUAGGUAAGCAGAGAGGACCAGACGUGAACAUGUAGGCGAAUAGGUAUACUGUUUUAUUGGGUCCUUGGGAUGUAGCCUUCAUUUUAUCUGGAUGGAUCAACCCACUGCCCCUCAUUCAUUAAAUUGAUUUCGACUAGACAGCUAAUUAGCUUGCGAGAGAGGAUGGCGUUUUAACUAACCACAGCAAUAUGCAUAGGCUAGAGUAGCCUACAGUGGCAAGUAAGAUAACAGGGGAAAGUUAAGUGACGCUUGGAGUUCCUGGAGGAUCGUUUUCACUGUCGCACCUAUGAUAAGGCACGGGUUAGCAAAUCGUUGCGGUGUGUGCAUGUGAGCGGCAACUGGAGGUGAGUGUGUUUUCUGAUUUAGAUGGGGCGCCUGGCCGCUAGUCCGCUCUGAAUGGACAAAUUAAUUGAGACCAAGGGUAUGUAACACGAAAAACGUUGUUGUCACAACCAAAGAUGAGGGCUCGGCAUUAAAACCUCUCAUCUGCCAAAAGGCGCGAAGGAGGUGGUAGGGCAAGACGCAAACAUCGGCUUGAUAUGAGUAGGAAGUCAGUCAAGUAAAUCAGGAGAGAACAAUACACGAUCGAGACUGCCUGCGGUGGCAAAUCUAAACGGAGUACAUCUAUAUCCCUCUGAAGGAGCAGCAACAUACCCUGACUUUCAUUGCUGCGUGUUUUCUAUCCCUUUUCUAACCUGGAUUUAAAUCAAGAUGAUGGCUCUCCCUACAGGUAAUUGAUUUUCAACCCUCUUUUAUGCAUGAGGAUGGCAUCAGAAGCACCCCCACCCUCCCUCCCUCGUUUUUUUUAGGGGGGUAUGAGUAGGGUGUGGGUUGGGGGGGGGGGGGGGGGGGAUCUGCGAGGGUACAUCAUUAGCCUACAUUGAAAACCUAUUGCACUGCUUGCGAAUGCAUACGCAGUGAGGAUCACCAAUACAAUGCUACUGCGAACACGAACAGUUGCAGCAUAAAGGAGAGAUGUUAUAAUACUGCUGCAACAAAGUGUUUAGCAUUGGGCAAAAUGAAUGCACACAAGGACAUGGGCCAGGAAUGUAGAAAGAGAUGAUUGGUAUAUUCACAGUUUCAAACUGUUAUUGUAUCAAGGUUAGCCUACUGCUUACUCUUGUAGGUCCAUUAUAGGACUGCUAGUUGAAACUAUGUGUGGUCAGGUGUGUGUAUUGGGGGAGGGUGGGAUACAGUACAACACCAAAGUACUUAUCAUUAGUGGCUAUAGUAUUAGUUGUACUCUAGUAAUACUAGUCUGAUAGGAGUAUAGUGUAGGAGGAGGAGGAGAAGGAGAAGUAGGAGUGGAAGUAUGAUGACAAUACAUACUACUGAAAGUACUGUUCGUGGAUUAUAUGUUGUUAUUCCAGACAUAGAGGACAAAAUGCACCGCUUUUCUACAAUGAAACAUGUGUGGAUCUCUGUCUUGCUGGUGUGCAUAACUUGGCAAGUGGGGUAAGUGAAACGUUUACAAUCCAAUCUGACUAUUCACUGCAUGAAUCCUAAUUUGAACAGUAGAUAUACUGUACAUAUCCAACUAUGAUGUGGUUUAUUUACAUCAACACUAGCCUUGUCAAGCAGUCCUAACCAGCCUGAUUGAUGUUCUGUCUUUCUCAGUCUUGGCCAGACCACAGCAGAGGCAUUGAAAGAGGCAGAGGCUAAUGACAACAUCACCAUCUUCACACGGAUACUGGACGGACUCCUGGACGGCUACGACAACAGACUCAGACCAGGACUUGGAGGUAAUGUAUACCGACAUACAGACCACUCUGAUCCAAACUCAUAUCACUAGAGGUUACAGUACAAUACAAUACAAUACAAUACAAUGCGUAACUAUUCAUUUUCUUGGGGCAAAUGUCAUUCAUUAAUACUUUUGUGUUCUGGAAAAUCCCUUAUUUGACAUUAGAUUUCUCUAGAGUGCACUCAAGCCAGGUGCAGCAGAACCAUUGUAGCAUGUUGAUGCAGUAGAUUAAUUCAUAUAACUAAAUACAGUGUGAAAUGUGGAUGUUUCUGUUUGAACAUACAGUUUGUCUUUGUUUGAAUUCAUACUGAAUGUAUUUUAGUUUUUUUUUGCAAUUUGAAUGGCAUUGAUGGAGAAAUAGAAAGACUGAGAGAGUGUGCAUGCAUGCACACUGAUUUAAAGCAAUGCUAUUACUGUAGCCUAAAGGCUAUGCAGGUUAUGCUGCAACAAAUUGACCUGUCACAAGACACAAAUUACCAGCUGAUGAGAUGAUAAAUGCAUAGUGAACUGCGCUCCAUUCCGAGAUGCGCUGUGUGACCCCAUGUGGGACCAACUAUAUGCUUUGGGAACACCCCCCCCCCCCCCCAGAUAGCAUAUGAACAUGUCAUAAGCCAUGGCAAAAUGUUUAGUAAAUUAGCUUUAAAACUGCAACAUUUCCUCUCAGUCUCAUGGCAAAAUGUGUAGAAUAGCAUGAGAUUAGCUAUUAAACUUGCUCGGACCUUGUGGGGGGGGGGGGGGGCCUCGCGAAUCUGCGGUAUGCCAAUGCUUAGCCUCAUACAUAAUUUGUGAUCCAGCAUAGCAUUUUCCCCCUCUGUAAAAUCACACUCGCUAGACUUCUUGGAUUCAGUGAGAAAAAUAAAGAGACUGUUCUAAUAUACAGCAUUGCAUUGACUGGAAUAUAUUCCAAGAGCAAAGCAAUCACAGUAAUAGAUCAAUCCUAAGUGAGAAGGAACUGCACUGCCAACACGCCAUAUAUCACACAUCCCUCCUCACGACCACCACCUCCAUCUGCAAAAAGUAACCUUGAGAUCCAGACCUCUAUUCAGACGAGAGAGAGAGGGAGUCAAAGAUAGAAAUAUCCUGCAUCUCUUAGAGAAAAUAAAAUGUUCUACCACCGAUUUGGUCUUACAAUGAUGUUUUAUCCAUUUUUUACCCUUCUAAAUCUUAUUUUAUAAUGUCGCUAAUGUAACACAUGGAUACAUCCAACAUGGAUUUGCCAAAUGUGGUUGGAGAAUAGAGCUGCACUCACUUCCUUAGAAUGGUUUCUGUCAUUGAAGGCAGUAAAGAAUUCUAACGGAUAUCUCUAUGAUGAUUAUUCAUAAAUUGAAUUUGUUCCUGUACCCUGUCUCUUCAUGUUCACGGUCAUAUUCCAAAUCCCAUUCUAUCCACAGAAAAGGUCACGGAGAUCAAAACCAAUAUAUUUGUCACAAGCUUUGGCCCAGUUUCAGAUACUGAAAUGGUGAGUCAAUUUACAGCCCAUUUCAUUAUGCAUUGUUUCAAUGACGUCCAUUAACGUAAUAUCUUGCGAUAGGAGCAACAUCACACCCUCCUGUAAAUGUUACGAACACAAGACAAUUAUCCUAGAUGCAUAUAAUGACAUGUAUUCAUCGUUUUUUGUUAAAUCAUUAAUCAAUAUUUUAUAAAGAAAUGCAUCAUGGGCCAGUUUCCAAGAUCCAGAUUAAACCUAGUCCUGGACUGAAACAUUAUUUUUUAGUCCAGGACUAGGUUUACAGUUUGACAUCUUAAUUUGACCAGUUUCUCACAGCAGGAAAAUAAUCCUGCAGCAACAGGAAAUUUGAAUUAUUAUGUGGAUUAUAAUUAAUGGACAUUUUUGUAGGCAUUGAUACAUUUUGCAUUAGGGCAAAUCAAGUCUGACAUUUUAAAGUGGAAAUUACAAACUUUAAAACCUUUUUAUUCUCACAGUUUCUACAGAUUGUAAAUUAAAGAUACAUUUUUUUGCUAAAAGUAUUAUUAUAUUAUUGAUCGAUUGACUAUGACUUUUCAAAUCACCCAAUCUGUAGAAACUAUGAGAAUAGAAAGGUUCAGAACUUUUGUGGAACAUCACAGCACAAAAAUGCAUGGCAAAUAGAAAUCCAAUAUGGAUGGUCUUCAGAAAUAGAUGGGAGGGGUUGAGGGAAGAGGAAGGAUAGGAGUAAAAACAAACAAAAGAGAACUAUUAUAAAAUAGAUUGUGUCCGUAAAAUGUACAGUGCCUUCGGAAGGUAUUCAGACCCCUUGACUUUUUCCACAUUUUGUCAGGUUACAGUCUUAUUCUAAAAUUGAUUAAAUUGUUUUUUUUUCCCUCAUCAAUCUACACACAAUACCCCAUAAUGACAAAGCAAAAACAGGUUUUCAGAAUGUUUUGCUAAUUUAAAAAAAAUUUUUUUUGGGAAAUAUUACAUUUACAUAAGUAUUCAGACACUUUACUCAGUACUUUGUUGAAGCACCUUUGGCAGUGAUUACAGCCUUGAGUCUUCUUGGGUAUGACGCUACAAACUUGGCACACCUGUAUUUGGGAGUUUCUCCCAUUCUUCUCUGCAGAUCCUCUCAAACUCUGUCAGGUUGGAUGGCGAGUGUUGCUGCACAGCUAUUUUCAGGUCUCUCCAGAGAUGUUCAAUCGGGUUCAAGUCCGGGCUCUGGCUGAGCCACUCAAGGACAUUCAGAGACUUGUCCCGAAGCCACUCCUGUGUUGUCUUGGCUGUGUGCUUAGGGUCGUUGUACUGUUGGAAGGUGAACCUUCGCCCCAGUCUGAGGUUCUGAGCGCUCUGGAGCAGGUUUUCAUCAAGGAUCUCUCUGUACUUUUCUCCGUUCAUCUUUGCCUCGAUCCUGACUAAUCACCCAGUCCCUGCCACUGAAAAAUAUCCCCACGGCAUGAUGCUGCCACCACCAUGCUUCACGUAGGGAUGGUGCCAGGUUUCCUCCAGACGUGACGCUUGGCAUUCACGCCAAAGAGUUCAAUCUUGGUUUUAUCAGACCAGAUAAUCUUGUUUCUCAUGGUUUGAGAGUCUUUAGGUGCCUUUUGGCAAACUCCAAGUGGGCUGUCAUGUGCCUUUUACUGAGGAGUGGCUUCACUCUACCGUAAAGGCUUGAUUGGUGGAGUGCUGCAGAUAUGGUUGUCCUUCUGGAAGGUUCUCGUAUCUCCACAGAGGAAUUAUAGAGCUCUGUCAGAGUGACCAUCGGGUUCUUGGUCACCUCCCUGACCAAGGCCCUUCUCCCCUGAUUGCUGGUCACCUCUCUGACCAAGGCCCUUCUCCCCUGAUUGCUCAGUUUGGCUGGGCGGCCAGCUCUAGGAAGAGUAUUGGUGGUUCCAAACAUCUUCCAUUUAAGAAUGAUGGAGGCCACUGUGUUCUUGGGGACCUUCAAUGCUGCAGACAUUUUUUGGUACCCUUCCCCAGAUCUGUGCCGCGACAGAAUCCUGUCUCAGAGCUCUACAGACAAUUCCUUCGACCUCAUGGCUUGGUUUUUGCUCUGCCAUGCAUUGUCAACUGUGGGACAUUAUAUAGACAGUUGUGUGCCUUUCCAAAUCAAGUCCAAUUAAUUGAAUUUACCACAGGUGGAAUCCAAUAAAGUUGUAGAAACAUCUCAAGGAUGAUCAAUGGAAACAGGAUACACCUGAGCUCAAUUUUGAGUCUCAUAGCAAAGGGUCUGAAUACUUACGUAAAUAAGAUAUUAUUUAUUUGUAUUUAGCUAAAAUUUCUAAAAACCUGUUUAUGCUUCGUCAUUAUGGGGUAUUGUGUGUAGAUUGCAAUGGAUUCCUAUUUAUUUAAUCCAUUUUAGAAUAAGGCUGUAAUGUAACAAAAUGUGGAAAAAGUCAAGGGGUCUGAACACUUUCCAAAGGCAUGUAUAAGCUGGAAGUAGAAGCCUAAGUGUUGUUGUUCAUUAGUUUACUCCAAUUAGGGGAGGUGUGGUAGGGUUAGGGGAAAAUAAUCAAGAAAAAUAAAAUAACAAAUAAAAAUACUUUGAAACCUUUUUAACCUCAGGUACACUAGACAUUGCAUUUCCUCCUGCACAGGAACAUUCUCUGAGUCAACAGAGUGAUGACAUUAAAAUAGCAGAUCUGUAUGUGUCCACGUAAUUGGCCCCAUGGGUUUUGACUCUGAGUGUUAUCACCAUGUAUCAAUACCAUGUUUUCCUUAGGAAUAUACCAUCGACGUGUUUUUCCGACAAAGCUGGAAAGAUGAGCGCCUUUGUUUCAAAGGACCCAUGGAGAUGCUGCCUCUGAACAACCUCCUGGCCAGUAACAUCUGGACCCCAGACACCUUCUUCCUCAACGGGAAAAAGUCUAUCGCCCACAACAUGACCACACCCAACAAGCUACUGAGACUGAAAGAUGACGGGACGCUGCUCUACACAAUGAGGUACCAACCACGGCCCUGUUCAGUAUGGUGCAAUGUUACACAACUAUUUCAGAUAGAAAUGUAUCACAUAGAACAUAUAGGAGUAUCUGUAAUGUAGUACGGGGAAUAGUGUCAGGUCUAUUCAUCACAUUUCUAUCUGAUAGAAAGGUAUUGUGUAGAACAGAGAUAGGAUUGUCUGCCAUUCUAAAUCAGGAAUCAUUCAUCACAUUUCUAUCUGCAACGUUCUGAAUGUUUCACCUGAAUACAUCCUAGAAUUUGGGCUCUGACCAUGUGGUGUAACCAGGAUAAACUCUGGCCCUGAACCAUAAUCCUUAAAGGAAAAACUCUGGCCCUGAACCAUAAUCCUUAAGAGUCUAUUGACGCACCCGUGCAUCAAGCUAAGUAACAUAAUGAAAAUAUCUCUAUCAAAAUCUGUCAGUUUAUGCUAGAGAUAUCUGUUUUUUUGAAUGGGCUGCAUCUCAAUCUACCACAUCCUCCUAUAUCAGCAUUCCGCAUCUGCAGUGGAAGGUGGCAAGCUACAGCAGUGUUUGUCAGACCAUGGGACAUCCCGAAAAUCGGUCGUCUCACUAAAACGUCUGUAGCGUCAGAACUGUUUGGGUUACAAACUAAUAUGACCCCACUAUGGAAAGGAGAGAUUCUCACGAACACGGUGAUGUUCUCCGUUUUGGAUGUAAAAAAUCUUGUCUAAAGGUCACUCGUCUAAAGGUAGCUGGUAAAAAACAAAUGAAUGGAAGUAUUGAGGUAGUUUUGUGCCAACAAAAAAAAGGGGGGUUAAAUAUGUAUCCAAAAAACAAAAAUAUUUCUUAGAUAUAGGAAAGACACUCAACAUCGUAUUCCCCUUUUAUUUUGACUGUCUGUUUGACCAUUUAUGAAUGUGUUAUUCAUUGCGUUUCUAUGGGCUAUAGUAGUGAAGGCCAAAUUAAAUAUCUUAUCAAAUAUUUUCUAUAUAUUACUUGGGAAUACCUACAGGGGUCCUACAAUUCCAAAUCAAAUAGCUAAAUGAUCCAUGGUAUGACCAUCUUAAAACAAUUCCAUAUGUUAGCUUAGAUGAACCUCCACCACCCCCACCCCACCCAAAGGCUUAGACUUAUAGAGGAUAAUAUCUGAGCUUUGUGUCUGAGAAACGAACAUUAUGCUCACUGAAAUACAGCCAGCCACGAUUCACAAAUGGCCCUGAACUGGUUUGGUUAUUGUUGUGUGUGUAGGAGGUAACAAAAGCCUCUGCACGAUUUUCUGUUAUUUUGUUCUUUGUGAUGCUGUACUUUGUAUGUUAUGGAACACUGACCAAUAUGUGGCACGUUAGAUUAAAUAUUCCCCCUUGAAUUCAUAAUAGACAGGAACAGGAAGUGAUGACAACCAAUAGCAAUCAUACGAAUAGAUCAGGACUUCCUGGUAUCAUCUCAGGAGGUAUAAUUUAUCCCAGAUCAAUACCACCCACUAAGAUCAUCCUAAUGCCAAAUAAUAGAUGCAAGAGAAAUAGAUUAACCAUAUUAACCCCUUAUAGCCACGUGACCUGGCCCUAUUCGGCGCGAUCAGGCAUCGGCGUCACUGUAAUCAAAGUCUGAUGAGUGAAAGAAGAAGAAGCAGAUAUCAGGCCCAUCAUUUUAAAAGGUAAUAGAUUUCACAACGACUCUGGAAAUGAAACAUCAGGACGUUUCUGCUUUUAAUCGGUCGGUCCAGUUCUACUACUGUCUCCUAAUGUAUUUCCAUUACCAGGAAAGAGAUUAGCGCGCUACCUAGAUUUAUUGCAUGGCCCAGCCUUUCAGAAUCCACCGACAUCAGGGGAAAGCUCCUUCUCUCCAGUGGAGAUAAUGACUAAAUGUGAUUGCAUUCUCACCCCCCGAUUCUGAAACAUUAGCCCGAGAGCAACAGCGUUUUCAGAGCAAGUCAUACAUUUGUCGCCACAAAUAAUUCAUACAGUGUUCUGCUCCAUUUCCAUCAUACUGUAUGAGUUUAACAAGAACAGGCUGCACCCCAUUAUAUGAUGUUGCAGAAUAGGUUGAAGCAGGAGAAAAUCAAAUAGUAUUCUUAUUUCCAUAGCAAACUGUACCUCUAGUAAUGUAAUGCUCUGAUGCAUGACAUAUGCAUAUUAAGAAACUAUUGCAGUCUUUUUGACAUGUUCAUUCCUUUGAGGUGCACUGGUGACAUCAACACAUUACACGUAAAUGUUAUAAUGUUAAUCACGCAACAAAUGCAGGUGCAAUAUGACAAAUGCAGUAUUGUGAAUGCAAGAAAUGGACUAAAGGGGAUGAUUUAGAAUAGAUGACACCUGUUACAUGUAACUUGAGGGGGAAUAUGUAGCCCUAAUUUUGUAAAGGAGAAAGGCAGCUCUCUAUGCAUGGACCUACAUUAGGAUAUAGCUAAUCAUACCUGUAUACCAGUACACUUCCAUUGUUAGACAGCUAAUCAGGUCGUUCUAUUUCCAUUCCCGCAGUUUCUCUAGUAACCACAUGAUGGCAGCCUUCCCUGUUCACAAUACAGACCAAUGAGAAUUAGAGUUGGUCUUCAUAUGAUCCGAUAAGAUCUUUAAAACACGUCAGCUGUUUUUGACACAAUAUAAGCAAAGUAAUAACAUUGAAUAAUGAUGCAGUGAUGUGAACACAACCUGAGUCCAUAUUGUCCUCAAGCACUAGAGGUGGCCUCAUUUCAUUGUUAUAUCAUUGUUUUUACUUGUAUCAGUAUAUGUGGUUACUUUGUGGAGAUGUUCUCUGUGAAUACGAUCUUGACACACAUGGGGGAUUUGACGUGAACCACAGCUGGGAAAUCACAAAUAAUACAAUCACCACAAGAUGGCAGUAUAAUCUAUGUAAUGCCAUGUGCUUGGCUCAGGAUGAAUUCUUGGUGAUUCUGUCAAGAAAUGAUGAGGACUACAAGGACAAAUCUGCCUGUGAUGUAAUCGUACAGGCAUUGUGAGAUCUAUGCAACUAACCCUAAGCACAGGAGAUGAUGAUGUUGAUGAUGACGGCGGCACUGGAUUUGAAAUAAACAGGAUUAUUAUAUGUAGUAUAUCUGUAGGGGAUUUGUGUUUAUUGUCUUGAUCUUUUGUACCUUUCUCUAGGUUAACCAUAUCAGCGGAGUGUCCCAUGCAGUUGGAGGACUUCCCAAUGGAUGCUCAUGCUUGCCCUUUGAAGUUUGGAAGCUGUGAGUAAAAUUCCAUGUGUUGAUAUUUAGUGUAUUACACUUUGCCACACUAAUAAUACAACAGCACAGAUCCCAUACAUAUAAACAUUACUAGGCCCAGACUUCUUAUGAUCUGAGUAUGAGUCAAUGACAGCACGAUUUAUACCUCGUUCAAACCUCCAACUCAGUAAACUACCAAAUCAAUUGCUCUAAAGAGACAAUUGAGCUUGCUCAGUAUUCUGUAGGAUGGUACAUCUAGCUAGUCUCCUGAGUGGCGCAGUGGUCUAAGGCACUGCAUCGCAGUGUUAGCUGUGCCACUAGAGAUCCUGGUUCGAAUCCAGCCUCUGUUGUAGCCGGCCGUGACCGGGAGACCCAUGGGGCGGUGCACAAUUGGCCCAGCGUCGUCCAGGGUAGGGGAGGGAAUGGCCGGCAGGGAUGUAGCUCAGUUGGUAGAGCAUGGCGUUUGCAACGCCAGGGUUGUGGGUUCAAUUCCCACGUGGGGCCAGUAUGAAAAAUAUAAUGAAUGCACUCACUAACUGUAAGUCGCUCUGGAUAAGAGCGUCUGCUAAAUGACUAAAAUGUACAUAUGGAACAAGGAAAGAACACAGAAUCCAGCCACAAUCGCAAUAAGGAAUGACCUGAAUCACGAAACCGGAGGAGCUAAACCUGGUUCAGUUAAACUAGGUGGAGGGUCAAAAGGUUUAUCAAUCCUUUAAUCAAAUUGCUUGUCCGUAAUUAGCUUUGGUAACCUGGCCCUUAAUUACCUUUGGUAACCUGGCCCGCGGCCUGUGGCCUCAGCACCUAUCCUACUGCACCACCUCGCCAGGGCUCCCAAGGUUGUAUUAUCAUUUACCAAUUAGACCUAAAAGCAGACUAUGGUCAGGCAGGGCCGGCCCUAGCCUUUUGGGGCCCUCAGCGAGAUUUGGUUGGGGGCCCCCAUACCUCGCUGGCAAAAACAUUUUAGUGCCCCCCCCCCCCUUGACGGCGGAGAGAAAAAGUUAAAGAGUUAAAGUACAUUUCCUGCAAUUCUACACAUUUUGCCAUGGGGCAUAGAUAAUUUUUUGCAAUUUUAAAGCACGUUUUCUGCAAUUCUACACAUUUUGCCAUGGGGCAGAGAGAACAUUUAGCAAUUGUAUAACUAAUUCUAUGCAAUUCUACUCAUUUUGCCAUGGACAUUUGACACAUUUUGCAAUGACUUAUGCAAUGUUAAUAUGAUAUUUGAGUGAGACUGACUAACAAAAUCAAUGGCCCUUCGUGCCUGGUCGGUAAUUCAGCCAUGAUUACAACAUUUACAUUUUGCAGACGCUCUUAUCCAGAGUGACUUAUAGCAGCAAUUAUGGUUAAGUGCCUUGCUCAAGGGCACAUCGACAGAUUUUUCUCCAAGUCGGCUCAGGGAUUCAAACCGCAACCGUCCGGUUACUGGCCCAACACUCUUAACCGCUAGGCUACCUGCCGCCACUACUACAAGUUUAACUAGCUGGCUAGACCUAUUUACCAAUUACAUUUUUUUUUUUUUACUAAUUGAGUGACUGUCAGUGACUGGCACAACAAGAAAAAAACUGCUUAUGCACAACCAAGUUUCGAAAUUGCACCCGGUGUAUUCUACAUUUACAUUUACGUCAUUUAGCAGACGCUCUUAUCCAGAGCGACUUACAAAUUGGGGCAUUCAACUUAUGAUAGCCAGUGGACAACCACUUUUUUUCCCUUUUCUUUUUAAUGGGGGGUGGGGGAGGGGGGGGGUAGAAGGAUUACUUUAUACUAUUCCAGGUAUUCCUUAAAGAGGUAGGGUUUCAAGUGUCUCUGGAAGGUGGUCAGUGACUCCGCUGUCCUGGCAUCAUGGGGGAGCUUGUUCCACCAUUGGGGUGCCAGAGCAGAGAAUAGCUUUGACUGGGCUGAGCGGGAACUGUGCUUCCAUAGAGGUAGGGGGGCUAGCAGGCCAGAGGUGGAUGAACGUAGUGCCCUCGUUUGGGUGUAGGGUCUGAUCAGAGCCUGAAGGUAAGGAGGUGCCAUUCCCCUCACAGCUCCGUAGGCAAGCACCAUGGUCUUGUAGUAGAUGCGAGCCUCAACUGGAAGCCAGUGGAGUGUGCGGAGGAGCGGGGUGACGUGAGAGAACUUGGGAAGGUUGAACACCAGACGGGCUGCAGCAUUCUGGAUAAGUUGUAGGGGUUUAAUGGCACAGGCAGCGAGCCCAGCCAACAGCUACUAUUCUAAUUCUCAACAGUUAGUUGAGACCCCUCAACCCCCUCUCAAGUUGAGAACCCUAAGUUCCUAAACCCAGAGGAUUUCCAGAACUGGAAAACGCUUGUACUGUGGUAUCCAGCAGUCACACCAGCAUCUGCGGCUAAGCAUCUCAUCCUGUUAUGUUAAGAUUCUCCUGAAGUGUUGUGGGUUGGGGCAAGGGGGGUUGGUGUGGGUGUUGCCUGUCUGGUUUAAGUGCUGGCCUGAAAUAGCUCAGCUGUACUUUGACCUUUUAGACGGGGACACCACAGAUGGAUAGUCCCAGGGAAGCUAAUAAGGAAUGCCCUGAGCAGGGUCACGCCGUGUCACACUAUAGUAAACCCUUUGUCACACCAUAGGACGUAUAUAGCCAGAUUACCUAGCUGAUUCGACUGCCCCUACAGUUGUAGGAUCUUCAUUUGAUCACUCUUUUGUUGCUGAUAAUUUUCCUGCUAAGCAGUAAACGCAAACUUGUAGUGUAUUUUAGUUUUAAAAAGGCUUCUAAAGUUUAGAAUUUCCACUUUGAAAUUUCAGACUCGAUUUGCCCUAACGAAAAAGGUCAGACACUCAAAAAAUAUUUGCAUUUGAGUCAUUUACAUGCAGAGCAUACCGAUACAGUUACUACAGUAUAACCAGUUGUCUGAGCACUGUGACCACAGGCUCUAUUUCUCAUUCCAUCUCCCACACAUCCCACUUCACCACCAGAUAAAACUGCUUUCCUUUGCAGCCCAGCUCACAGGGGAUAUGAAGGAUGAUGGAAUGUGUAUCUUGCCUUAACUCUCUUGGCCCACAGUUUACCUUUUUUCAAGCGGCACAUAAAAACGAAGUCUUAUCAAAUAAUGUUCAUGAUAAGCAGGAUGGAUGUGGUAGUGUGUGUGGGGAGGAUUGUAAUUUGAGCACCCUGUUGCAGGAGAACUGUUGCAGGACAUUUCAAACUUGUAGUGUAUUUGAGAGUUAAAAAGGCUUCUGAAGCUUGUCAUUUCCACUUAGAAAUGUCAGACUUGAUUUGCCCUAAUGAAAAAUGUAUCAAGCCCUCCAAAAAUGUCCUGCUGUAGCAAACUGGCACAAAUUAAGAUCCUACAUUUGUAUAGGUCUGUGGAGUCGCAUGGGAAAUGUCUGUCCUGACCAGGCUGCUGCUGCUAAGACGUCAUUCAGGGGUUAAUGCAACGUCAUAUUUGAGACAUGGGAUCUCCUGCUUAUGCUUUGUUUGACUUACUACUGUAUAUUGUAUUGAUACACCAUAGAUUUUUUUUAAAAAGAUAUACCUGUAUAUGUCAUUUUAGCAGACACUCUUUUUAAGAUUGACUCGUAACUAGGAACAGUAAAAUAUUGAAAUCACCAGCAAAAAAACAUUACAGAUCAAUAAUUUGCCCCUUUGACACCAUACCACAUCUAAAUUCAUAAAAUGGUUAAAUUGAUGUAAAAACUAUAUCAUGAUACAGAAAUAACGGGGGGCCAGUAUGAAAAAACCCCAAAACAAUGUAUGCACUCUGUAGCUCAAUUGGUAGAGCAUGGUGCUUGUAACGCCAGGGUAGUGGGUUCGAUCCCCGGGACCACCCAUACCUAAAAAUGUAUGCACACAUGACUGUAAGUCGCUUUGGAUAAAAGCGUCUGCUAAAUGGCAUAUUAUUAUUAUUAUUAUUAUUAUUAAGAGCGUCUGCUAAAUGACUAAUAAAAAAAUAAAGAAUAAAUAAAAGUAUUUGAAGUCUGUGGAAUGAUGACAUUCAAGUCUCUCUCAGUCUUCAACCAAUCGAAGCUGUGGCGAACUGAAGUGCUUUUAGGAGCUGGAUUCUCUAUUGUUAUCCAUGCAUUACUAACCCAAGGUUAUCUGCAUGGAGUGGAGAGGUGGAGAGAUGGAGAGUAUAGAGGACUGCAUGCGUCCCCAAUGGCACCCUAUUCCCUAUUUUGUGCACUACUUUUGACCAGAACCCUAUGGGCCCAGGUCAAAAGUAGUGCACUAUAUAGGGAAUAGGGUGCCAUUUGGGACCUACACACACAGCCUCUUGAAAUACGAGGCUGAUUUAAAUGGGUUGCACACUUCAGGCAAGGCUCAAUCAGUACAUUGCUCUAUACACGAUGUAGCUCUUUUCUAUUCCCAUGGUCAAGUAAAAUCACAGGAUGGUUUUAGCUGCUGUAAAACCAUCCUGUUACUAUUAGGUACUAGCACACUCUCCUCACAGGUACAGUAGAUGGCUAAAGUUUUCAGAUUAAGAUGUAUGGGUGCGUGGACAGUAUGCAAACAAAGAUGGUAUCAAAUCUAUCCAUCCUUUAUUUCAUUUGUUCAUUUGUUCAUCAUUCAUUAUUUUAUUCAUUUGUUUAUUCAUUCAUCCAUUCAUCCAUUCACUCAUUCAUCUACAGCAACUCCUAAUGUUCAUGUUAUGUAAUAGAUGGGUGUGUACCGUGCAAUCUCAAAGUCAGGAAGAGGUUGGCGUAAAGCGUUGCACACUGGUGCAAAGUUGGCAUAGUGACAGGCCCCGCCUACCAAAUCCUUUAGCUCUACUACUAAAUCAUGGUAUCCCCCCGCGUCAUAAUCCUUCAUGCUUCUAAACCCACCCAACUUUACAUUUUGGCCCCGGCUUUUGGCUAAAGCCAUCCAAGAAGUCUGACUGUAAACAGCCAUCCACUAGGCAUGGCCAGUAGUACCAGUACUACAGCAAAGUGCUAUGAUGUGCUAUUGAGCUUGGUUGCUUAGUUACUGCACUUUACAUUGAUCCAUCACUUUCUUUUUCUUUGUUCUUCCCACCCAACACACACACACACGCACACACACACGCGCGCGCACACACACACACACACACACACACACACACACACACACACACACACACACACAGUCCUUACAUGACAAAUGCCUUUCAUUUUCCUCCUUCAACUAGGGAGAGAAACGCUUGUUUAGUCCCUGGAAACAUUCACAGUGUACCUCAUUUUGAUUAUUUUCUUUAAUCCAGAAAGACACUUUGUCAUCCGGGGGAUUAAACUACAGUUAUUCUUUUCAUCCAUAAUUAUUUAAAAAAUGAAAGAUAAUAAAUAAAAAUACAUGGAACAUGGAAAUGAGGUAGAAAUGAAGUAGACUUGUACAGUGUAUAGCCUUGAAGAACAUGAAUCACCCUCACAUUUUCUUUCUCUCUCUCUCAGUGUUCCCUUUCUUUCUUCCAGGCUCCUGUGGUUCAUCCCUUUCUUCCCUGCUUGUCUAGGCCUUUGUGUUUUUUUAUUUUAUAUACAGCUGAGGACUCUAUACAGAUGUAGGAUAUUAAUUUGAUCACCCUGUUGCAGGAGAACUUUCCUGCAAUGCAGAAAAUGUCAAACGUAGUCUAUUUGAGGUUUUAAAAGGCUUCUGAAGUUUGUAAUUUCCACUUUGAAAUUUCAGACUUGAUUUUACCUUACGAAAAAUAGUGUCAACCCCUACAAAAAUGUCCAUUAAUUAUAAUCUAAAUAACAAUUCAAAUGUCCUGUUGCUGUAGGAUUAUGUUCCUGCUGUAGCAAACUGGCUCAAAUGAAGAUCCUAUAUCUGUACCUCCACUCAUUCCCCAUGGUUCUGACUGGUCCUCUAUUCCUCUCUAUCCACUUCCCUAUGCAUCUCCCUGCAUACUUAAAGAGACCUAGGCCUCAAAUUGAUAGCAGAUAGGAAAGGUGCUGUUUCUAUGGUUUCACUCAGAAUGUUGGCACUGUAUUUUUAGGACAGGUGUGGUUUCACAUCAAUAUCCAACAGUGUUCCAGCAGUGACAGUGUUCAGGAGAGGAACAGCUUGCGAGUUGUGUCAGUUUAAAUGAGGUUAACACCUCUGAUAAAGCGUAAAUCCUUCAUCUGCACUUGAUUGAGUUCUCUUUGUUGGACUGCAGGUACUGUCCUAGCCAGUGCUUUCCUGAAUCCCGAGAGUAAGUUACUGACUACCCUAAAGGUGCACCCUUUUACUUUACAUAUGAUGCAAGGUGGAGUAAGAUCACUGUACUGAAUGUAUACUGAACAGAAAUAUACUGAGUUACAGUUCAUAUAAGGAAAUCAGUCAAACGCAAUAAAUUCAUUAGGCCCUAAUCUGUACAUUACCAUGCUGAAACAUGAGGUGAUGGCGGCAGAUUAAUGGCAUGACAAUGGGCCUCAGGAUCUCUUCACGGUAUCUCUGUGCAUUCAAAUUGCCAUCGAUAAAAUGCAAUUGUGUUCAUUGUCCAUAGCUAAUGCCUGCCCAUACUAUAACCCCAUCGCCACCAUGGGGUACUCUGUUCACAACGUUGACAUCAGCAAUUUGCCCGCCCACACGACGCCAUACACUUGGUCUGCGGUUCUGAGGCCGAUUGGACGUACUGCCGAAUUCUCUAAUAUGACAUUGGAGGCGGUUUAUGGUAGAGAAAUUAACAGUAAAUUAACUGGCAAAAGCUCUGGUUAACAUUCCUGCAGUCAGCAUGCCAAUUGCAUGCUCCCUCAAAACUUGAGACAUCUGUGGCAUUGUGUUGUGUGACAAAAUGGCUAAUUUUAGAGUGGCCAUUUAUUGUCCCCAGCGGAAGGUGCACCUGUGUAAUGAUCAUGCUGUUUAAUCAGCUUCUUGAUAUGCCACACCUGUCAGGUGGAUGGAUUAUCUUGGCAAAUGAGAAAUGCUCACUAACAGGGAUGUAAAGAAAUGUGUGCACAAAAUUUGAGAGAAAUAAGGUUUUUGUGUGUUUGGAAAAAUUCUGGAAUCUUUCAUUUCACCACAUGAAACAUGGGACCUACACUUUACAUGUUGCAUAUAUAUUUUUGUUCAGUGUAGUAUGUGCAUAUUAUAUUUCUGGGUAGAUUAUUGGAAAUUCGAUAGUAACAAUACUUUUGUUAAUUAAUAUAAAAGGAAAAAUAGGUAUGUUUGUACUUCAAAUGAUAACUGUCUGUCAUGAGUAGUGUAAAAAGUGUGUUUCUGAUUGUAACAGAUCUCCAAAAUUAAUCUUCAUAUUUUGGUUCAUAGUUCAUAUUUGACAUGCCCUACCUGGCUACAGUAAACUAUAGCUGACCUGACCUGAACUUUGUAUUACUGAUCCAUCCAGACUCUUCUAGUGAUCCAGCCUAUUAAGAGAUCCUAACGGUUGACAAGCCUUUGUAUUCUAUCUUGAGUCAGUGUUUCAGGAGAGGAGCCAAUGCAACUCCUUGUGGAUGUAAUGAGUCUUUAGAGCUUAGCCCCAGCUUUAGAGGGAGCUCCACACUGGACCCUCCUGUAAUCCUCUAGGUAAGAGGGAUGAGGUCCUAAGGGUGGAAAAUCGACACAGAGAGCUGACAAGAGAAAUCAUUCGCUUUUAGAUUAAUUGUGAAAUAAUUUGAUUACAGAUCACAGAUUUGAGCGAAAAACUAGUAGGCUACAAUCUGAAGCGGGUGUUGGUGUGUGUGUGUGUGUGUGUGUGUGUGUGUCUGCCUGCCUGUCUGCCUGCCCAUCUGUCUGUCCGUCUGUCUGCGAAUGCGUCCGUGUCUUUCUAUAUGUCGCGAUGCCUGAUGACCCUCUCUGCUCUGGCAGAGGCGUCAUUUGGACCAGACCUCGGGGUCAGCGUUAGCCGACACUGUCAGCUCCAAUCAGCCACUGUGGCUGUGUGAUUAACAAGCUGUGUUGCGUUGGAAACAUGUGCUCAACCACAGCUCAAUCUAAGCCUGAUGCCUCCAAAGGGGCAAAGCUGGCAGUCCCUUACACUAUACUGUACAGCUUCCGGUGGAUUCUCCUACUAUGGUAAAGGAAAAGAGAUUGGGUAUAGCUGUGUUGUCUCUUAAACUCUGUUGUUAGAGAGAAAACCAUUCACCACAUAACUGACGAAUCCACAAACUCAAUGGGUGCCUAGCUGUACUCAACACAGCAGGAUCAGAAGCAACUUUUUGUCUCUGGGCCUUUGCAUUUGCUAAAUAAAUCAACUAGAACACCAAACCACUAGUAGAGUAAAAUAUGAGGAACCUGGUGUCCUGGAGAUACGUAACAAACUGUUCUGUUCCUUUCCCAGCAUGCAUUUCAUGCGUACACAACAACGGCCUCCGAUUGUGUUGCCAGAAGCACGUUUAGUCCUAGUAAUAGCUUCGUCCUACGAUCGCUUCACUCAACAUCUGAGCUUCAACUAUGAUUUUGGUCUGAGACCUACUAGUUCCUGAUAUGUGCCCUGGCCUGUAUAAUAUCUCAUUAGCAUCCUCAAAGUGUCCUGUUUCUCUCUUUCAGAUGCCUAUCCAGUCUCUGAGGUGGUGUACCUCUGGCAAACUGGUGCUGCCAAGUCUGUAGUGGUGGCAGAAGACGGAUCCCGUCUCAACCAGUACCACCUGAUUGGCCAGACCGCAGGCUCUGAGGACAUCUACACCAGUCGAGGUGAGGUGUAUACUCACAAACCUGUCCCGGCUCUCUUCCAAUAUCCACAGUAGCAUACUACCCUAGAAUGAAGCAAUGUGUUAGGUGCAUGCAUUCUGAUUGGUAUGCACAUAUGGAUGUUGGAAUGGAAUGGAAUGUAGCCUGAGCCUGAUACCUUUAGGUAUCAAAAAAUAUCUAUCAAAAAUAUUUGAUAAAAUAUUGAAUUUGGCCUUAACUGCUAUAGCCUAUAGAAACACAUUGAAUAACACAUUCAUAAAUGGCAAAAAAGACAGUCCAAAAAAAAGGUUUUGAAGUGUCUGUCCUGUAUUUAGGAGACAUAAGCUCAGGAAAUAUUUGUGUUUUUUUGGACACAUAUUUAAAGCCUUAUUUUUGUUGCCACAAAACGACCUCCAUAUUUCCAUUCAUUUGUAUGGGUUACCUUCAGACGAGUCCCUUGACACUUGUGGCGGUAGUAGAGCAAAACAGAGAGUCUCAUCUUUCCAUAGAGUGGUCAUAUUAGUUGGUAGGCCAAACCGUUCGGACGCUACAGAUGUUUUGGUGAGAAGACCGAAGACCGGGAUGCCUCAUGGUCCGAAAAACACAGCUGUAGCUCGGCCACCUUCCACCACAGGUGCAUACGGCUAACAUAGACGGAUGUGGUGGAUUGAGACGCAGCCCAUGCAAAUGUCUCCAGCUUAAACUGACGGAUUUCGCUGGGGAUUUUGAUAUUACGUUACUUAGAUUGACGCACGGGUGCGUCAGUAGACUCUUAAGGAUUAAGUUGGGGAAAUUCAUAUUUUGGGGAAAGUAUCCUGUUCCUUACAAUGUCAUUUUUAGUCUGACUUCUCCAAACUCCACUGUACUUCACUGUAGGCUAGAGGGGGGGAAAUGAAUAUUUUGGAGAAGGAGCAAGAGCAGGAAAGGAAGGGAAGUAGCCAGCUGUCCCUUAGGCUAAACAGGAACACACUUAUUCAUGUCCUGAGCUCCCUGGGAGUCGAGGGUUAAUAUCGAAUGGACCCAUCAGGCUUUGCAUAAGAGGAUGACAUCACAUCGCCCGCAGGGAUUGGACAUCCCAGGCUCCCGGGUUGGGACACGUGGGACUGAAUGGCUUAAUUCCCUUAUGUAAAGCGGAACUGUAAUACACUUCAGCUGCUGUCUGCAGAAUGGCUAUUAAAAGUGUGGAUUUCCCCUGGUAUUGUGCGUAGAAUGGCUGAAACCAUCCAGCCCAGUCAGAGUCAUCAUCAUAUCCGUUUAACUCUUUGGCCAUGAAAGGAGAGGAGAAUCAGGACAGUCCCUCCAUGGCAAUCUCCCUUGAUCAUGGUUAAGAACUACAACUCCCCCUGCCUGUUAAGUCAGCAGUGGGAUCCUAUAAGCUUCCCUGCAGGGCCGCUGUAAAGUGUAAGCUAUAGUCCAUUUGUUGACUGACCCCGGACUUCAGUAGGCCCGCUAGCUAAAAGUGUGUUCCCGUGGCUCUCCUUUCCUCCACUUGCUCCGCUCUGCUUGGCAGCAGUGACAAAUGGGAGCUGAGGAGGUCAGGUGGUGGCCGUAGGCUGUCUGUCUGGCCCAGGGCCAAGUCUGUACAGUUCACUGUCCCUGUGGGACUCCAGUGGGUCAGUUCUGUUGCCGGUCUUGAAUUAGCAUGUGCCUAAUCUUAGGUACAAUCCCUCUAUGGCUAAAUCAAGAUGAGAUUAGCAACAGCUCGGUUUAGGGACAUGACAUCCUAUACCCCCUCACAGUAAAUUUACAGCAAACCACACUGAAAAUAAAUACCGUACUCCCCUAAAAUGAUAUAGUACACUGUUUGGUAAAAGAGGGAAAUAGAGUUUAUCCUGCAAAAUGGAGUUCCUUAGUUGGGUUUAGAACAGUAUGCCUUUAUGCAAUAUCUCCUUUGGACACAAUCCCCAAACCCAGCCUAGUCCAGUUUUAUUUUUAUUAUAUUUGCAUAUUUACAUGUAAGUUCAAUUUUCUUAAGUAUUUCAAGUACUUUCUGGGACCACCGUUGCCUUAGUACUCACCAGUUGACCAACAUGGCUGCGUUAUUGUCUGCAAUGAAUGGAAGUUCCCCAUAGACGCUCCAAAAUCCUUGCAGUAAAAUCCACCAAAGGUACAUGUUCAUUCCUCUAUGAGUCUCAUCGGGCUCCAUGCAUCAACGGCAAACAGUCCGGAUGGAGGAUCGGUCCCCGGUCGGUCGGUUGGUUGGUCGCUCGCUCGGGGCAGGGAGAGGCUAGGAGUCAUGGGUGUCUCCCCGGUGGGCCGAGGAGACACCGGCUAGCUGGGGCUUCUGGGGCUGGAGACAUGAUGGUGCCUUGGUUGGCCCUGCAUCCGUUUGGCUCACAGAAUCACAAACUUCCCAUGGGGCAGAUGGUCAGCCCCCCUCCAUCACACCCAUUUGAAGAAUAGUGAUUAACUAGGAGCUAAGGUGUGUAGAUAUCUGUCCGUCAGUCGCUGGAUAUUUGGUAGCGUCGUGUCCUUGUCGAGUAUGCGAGGCCAGAGCACAGCAGAGCAGAGCCGAGCUGAGUGAGUGGGCAGGACUGAGCUAGCGUUUUCCCUGAUGGCAGGAUGCAGAUUGUGACAGGGGAUUAGUGAGAUACAAAAAUCCGAUUUUGCCUGGAGAAAGCAGCAGUCAUCAGUGGAUUUUCUAUAGUUUAUCAGGCGCCGGCUGUGGAAAGCUAGAAAGGAUUUUUUAAAAGCUUCAAAUGCAAUCUUCAGUUGGUUAACAGGAUAUUAUGUUUUUUUUUUCUCUCCGCUUUUUUACCACUACACAUUUACCUCAUACAGCAACUGUCACAUUACUGAGUGUGAAACAUACAUGUUUUUAGCGACGCCAUUUUAUAUAAUAUUUUAUUUAACUGCAUAGUUAUUUUCUUUGAUAAUUAUAUUUGUUGGCGAUUGUUGCAUCAUUGUCAUGUCUUUUUUAUAUAAUGCUUGAAAAUGCAUUUUUACAAAAAUGCAUAUUAUUAUAAAAUUCGAUAAAAUUAUCAAAUAUAAUACAAUGAUAUAAAAAUGCAGGAUGACUUUGCCAUUCACUAUCUCUGUCUACUGCAUAUCUCUAUCAUUGUUACAACUGCAAUAAUGAACGUAUCUUUCUCUCACUGUCCUCUAAACCAACAGGACAGUACACAGUCAUGAUGUGUCACUUCUACCUGAAGAGGAAGAUUGGUUACUUUGUCAUUCAGACCUACAUGCCCUGCUUCAUGACCGUGAUCCUGUCCCAGGUGUCCUUCUGGCUCAACCGUGAAUCUGUACCUGCCAGGACCGUCUUUGGUUAGUAUGACCGCAACACAACCACUUGGAUCAACUCUAACUAAAAGUGUACUUUCAACUCAAAAUUGACAGUAUGUGUUGCCCCGUCACCCAACACAUACAAUCAUCACAAUUUUUAUGAAUCCUGUUAGAUUUUUUAUAUAAACCUUUAGUUAGCCAGAUAAGUAAUUGAGAACACAUUAUCUUUAACAGUAACGACCUGGUUAAACUACCAUUAUCUGUAUCAUCCAUGAUGAUGCCAAUAUGAAAUUGAUUUUCAGGCAAUUAUAGACAUCACAGGUGAUGACCACCUUUCUCUUGUCCCUAGAAAACCUCUGAACGUCUACAGCAGAGUUCCCCAACUGGCGGGGUGAUUUUAUUUGGCCCCCCAAGUUUUCUGAGCAAAGAUAAAUACGUCGUUUUUUAAAUAUAUUUAUUGUUGGACAUAAAAGACUGUAAAAACACCGGCAAAACAACUCUAAGUGAUAUUCAUUUUGGAAAUCUAUUCCAAAGUAUUCCCACGGAUAAUAGAGAGAUACACUACAUGACCAUAAAAAGUAUGUGGACACCUGCUCAUCGAACAUCUGAUUCCAAAAUCAUGGGCAUUAAUAUGGUCCCCCCUUUGCUGCUAUAACAGCCUACACUCUUCUGCGAACAUUGCUGCGGGGACUUCCAUUCCAUUCAGCCACAAGAGCAUUAGUGAGGUCGGUCACUGAUGUUGGGCGAUUAGGCCUGGCUCGCAGUCUGCGUUCCAAUUUAUCCCAAAGGUGUUCGAUGGGGUUGAGCUCAGGGCACUGUGCAGGCCACUCAAGUUCUUCCACACCAAUCUCGACAAACCAUUUCUGUAUGGACCUCGCUUUAUGCACGGGGGCAUUGUCAUGCUGAAACAGGACUGUUGCCACAAAGUUGGAAGCGCAGAAUCGUCUAGAAUGUCAUUGUAUGCUGUAGCGUUAAGAUUUCCCUUCACUGGAACUAAGGGGCCUAGCCCCAACCAUGAAAAACAGCCCCAGACCAUUAUUCCUCCUCCACCAAACUUUACAGUUGGCACUAUGCAUUCGGGCAGGUAGUGUUCUCCUGGCAUCGGCUAAACCCAGAUUCGUCCGUCGGACUACCAGAUGGUGAAGUGGGAUUCAUCACUCCAGAGAACGCGUUUCUACUGCUCCAGAGUCCAAUGGCGGCAUGCUUUACACCACUCCAGCUGACGCUUGGCAUUGCACAUGGUGAUCUGAGGCUUGUGUGCAGCUGCUCGGCCAUCGAAACCCAUUUCAUGAAGCUCCCGAUGAACAGUUCUUGUGCUGAUGUUGUUUCUAGAGGCAGUUUGUAACCCUGUAGUGAGUGUUGCAACUGAGGACAGAUGGUUUUUACGCGCUUCGGCACUCGGCACUCGGCGGUCCCGCUCUGUGAGGUUGUGCGGCCUACCACUUCGCGGCUGAGCUGUUGUUGCUCCUAGACAUUUCUACUUCACAAUAACAGGGCUUACAGUUGACCGGGCAGCUCUAGCAGGGCAGAAAUUUGACGAACUGACUUUUUGGAAAGGUGGCAUCCUAUGACGGUGCCACAUUGAAAGUCACCGAGCUCUUCAGUAAGGCCAUUCUACUGGCAGUGUUUGUCUAUGGAGAUUGCAUGGCUGUGUUCUCGAUUGUAUACACCUGUCAGCAACGGGUGUGGCUGAAAUAGCCAAAUCCACUAAUUUGAAGGGGUGUCAACAUACUUUUGUAUAUAUAGUGUAUACUGUAUGUUAUCGAAUGCAAAUGUAAGCAAGGUUUGAAAUGAUUAUGUAUUAGUCUAAUAUUAUACCUGUUUGGUCUUCUUGCGGUCAAUUUGCAGUCUACAAAUUAUUUGUAAUUAUGUUCCUGCCCCCUGACCAUCCGCUCAAGAACAAAUCGGCCCAAGGGCUGAAUCUAGUUGAUGAUCCCUGAAUGUCUACAGCUUCCACACGUCACUACAGAUUAUGUCCACCACUCUAUUCCCAUAUACUAAAUAAUACAUUACAACCUGUUGCUCACUCAUCAUACAUGGGUACUGUUCAUUAGGCAUAUAAUGGAAGAAAACGGACUGAAACAGGAAGGAACUAUGUUUAAUUUUUUCUGUUGCAAAACGUUUGAAAACCUUUUCCACUGUGUGUCCUAAUGAACAUGACUUGUAUGUUUUUCUACCAGGUGUCACUACAGUGCUGACUAUGACUACUCUCAGUAUCAGCGCUCGCAACUCGCUGCCUAAGGUGGCCUACGCCACAGCCAUGGAUUGGUUCAUCGCUGUGUGCUAUGCGUUCGUGUUCUCCGCGCUUAUCGAGUUUGCCACCGUCAACUAUUUCACCAAGAGGAGCUGGGCGUGGGAUGGCAAGAAGGCCAUGGAGGCUCAGCACCCAAAGGUGAGUCCAUGGAGGGACCCAGCAUGUAUCCCACGCUCCCUUUGGAAAACAAUCUAUGAAACACUAUUGAAAAGUGAUAGAGAGCUAUGGUCGUGUUUUUGGGAUGACAUGAUGGAAACAUUGAUGCUGUACAUGCAUAAUAAUUACUGACAGAAAUGGUUAAGUUAAAAUAAAAAACGUUUAGCCCAGGUUUGUGUGGGCUUACAGGUAACACAGUCUAUUUGUAUCCAUCCAACACAAAUAGUACCGUAUUAAAUAUUAAAUGAUACAUUUUUAAUGUUUUAUCUCAACAGAAAAGGGACCCUAUGGUGCUUUCUAAGAAGCCCAACAACGUCUGUACAGCAGGAGUUAACUACACCCCCAACAUCACUAAGGAUAUCUCUAUCUCCACCAUCUCCAACAGCACCUCCAUACAACUAAGGUCAUCCGAAACCAAAGUCCUGGACCCCAAGAAAACCUACAACAGCGUGAGUAAAAUCGACAAAAUGUCCCGGAUAGUUUUCCCUGUCCUCUUUGGAACCUUUAACCUAGUGUACUGGGCUACUUACCUCAACAGAGAACCUGUCAUCAAAGGAGUCAACAUAUUGGCUCCAACAUAGUGUCUUUUUCAAACACACGACCCUACCUUCAACCAUAUUGGCCUACAAACUGCUAAAGGAAAUGCUACUGUAUCACAAAGGAUGGGAGAUGUCAUGGGUUCUGUCUU